CUAAGAGCCUCAAACACUCUGAGGUUACAAGUGCAACAAAAAACAGCAGCGCCCAUUGCCUAAAGCAUGGAAGGAUCGUAUGAUGCACUAGAAGAAGAUCUGGAUGAGGAUGAGGCCACGCAGUACAUGAUAGAGCAUAGCCUGCUGGAAUAUACCAAAUUCAGGAAUCAGGCUCCAAGCUAUGGCUGUACUUCAUACAUGCCCUUUGACAUCGACACUAUGUCUACCCAUCUAUGUGAGGAAAUAUCCCCUGCUGUUUCCCUCAGUGAAGCUGAGCUUGAGCACGUCGAUUAUGAGGAGAUUUUUACAGCCAUACGGGCAGGGAAUGAAGAGGCCCUACGGCUGCUCGUGCAGCGCGCGGUUGCCCUGUCCAUGGCUGACGGCAGGGGCUGGAUCCCCAUGCACGAGGCAGCAAUACAGGAGAAAAGGAGUAUUUUGGAGAUCACUUUCUCAGCCUCGCCACAGGGCGGCCAUUGCCGCACACUGAGGGGGGAGACUCCUCUUCUCCUCUCUGUCAUCCACGACCGCAGAGAGAAUACUACAUUCCUGCUCCAGAAUGGCAGCAGCCCCGACUGUCAAAACAAGGAUGAAGACUCCCCAUUGGUCAUGGCCAUAAAGAAUGAUCGGUAUGACCUGGCUUCUCUUCUGCUUCGGUAUAAUGCUGCCGUGGACCAGAAAGGGAGUCUCCAGAGAACUGCUCUGCACGAAGCAUCUCUACUGGGCCUGGAGGACUACGUGUAUCUACUCCUCCAGUCUGGUGCCAACCCAAAUGUCUGUGACUCCAGUGAACACACUCCUUUAGCACUGGCUGCCCAGGCUGGGCACUUGAAUGUUGUGGAAAUCCUGCUAGAGAAAGGAGCCAGUGUACUGUCAAAGCCUCAAUCCCCAGGGUCCACGUCAGUCCUGUUUGAGGCGGCAGCGUCUGGAAAUCCUGACAUCAUCUCUGUGCUGCUGGAGUAUGGCGCCGACCCCAACACUCCCACACACACAGGCCAUCUACCCAUCCAUCGGGUGGCUUAUCGUGGUCAUCUGUUGGCACUGGAACGGUUAAUCCCGGUAACUAAAAAAGAGGCUAUUAAAGAGAGCGGUAUGAGCCCGCUGCAUUCUGCCGCCGCGGGCGGUCACAGCCAGUGCCUGGAACGCUGCUGGCAUGCCGGCUUUGACCCCAACUUCAUGCUCCAUCCGCGGGUGCGCAGGAACUACGAUGACGAGCGCAGGUCGGCACUGUACUUUACCGUGUCGAACGGCGACGUGCAGUCGGCGCGCCUGCUGCUAGAGGCCGGCGCCAUGCCCAACCAGGACCCGGUCAGCUGCCUGCAGUUGGGCCAUGCCCGGGGCAACUACGAACUCAUCAGCACGCUGCUGCGCUACGGCGCCAACGUCAACUACUAUUCGCGCGUAAACACGACACACUUCCCGUCAGCCCUGCAGAACGCGCUGAAGGACGAGGUGAUGCUGCGCAUGCUGCUCAAUAACGGCUAUGACGUGCGACGCUGCUUCGACUGCCCCUACGGCCAGGGCUCACAUGUGCCGCCCGACUUUGAGGGCUGGAGCGCUUCUGUGAUAAAGGACGUGGUGUUUUGUGAGGUCAUCACAGUUUACUGGCUCAAGCAGACCACGGGCCAGGUGGUGAGAAUCAUGUUGGACUAUGUGGACCAUGUCACUUUCUGCUCCAAACUGAAGAGUGUCCUGGAAGAACAGAAACAGUGGCCAGAGAUAUGCAAGAUUCAAGGAAACGCUCGAAGGCUGAAGCAUUUGUGUCGGCUUAAGAUCCGUGAGUGCCUUGGCCGCUUGCGCCACAGGGCUCCUGUUUUUAUCAGCUUCUUGCCACUGCCCAACAGUCUCAAGGACUACAUCCGUUUCAAAGAGUACGAUAUUUACAGCAGAGGAAGUGCGGAGAAGAUUGAAUGAAAGUGGACAUUUCGUUUGAGGUUACAUUGUGUUUGUACCGAGGCGAUUAUUUUAGUCGUUUUAACGUCACGUUUCCUUUUUUUUUAUUUUUUUAGAAAUAAAUGUUUUUGGUAUAGGGAAAUUUCUUCACCACGGUAAAAUUGUUCACUUUGUAGCAUCACUUUGUCUAUAAUGCCUAUAAUUACAGCGUGGGACUGAUGUGUUAUAUUACUUUUGUCACCUUAUGUAAAUAAACUACCAUGCAAGUCCA